GCAAUUACUAAUGUUAUAAAGUAUCAUUUCAUAGAAAAUGAUGUAGAAACUGGCUGCAGUUAAUUAACUUCCUAGUUAAAUGGCGGUAAUUGAGAUGAACUUAAGACAUAACUAUUUUGAGGAAGAUAAAAGCUAUCAGGACAUAAUCAAGGAAAAUCUAUUUACUAAGGAAGGUUCUCGAAUACUAUAGUUUUGACAAUGAAUCAAUUGUUAAAGAUAAAAUCCACUUGUUCAUUCAGGCAGUCUCAUUUUAGAAGCCAAAAUGAAGACACUCGUAUUUUUUAUUAAGGAAUGAUCUUAGGGGAAUAGAGAUGGAAAAUAAAACAAUUUCAGUAACACCAAAGCAUAAUAAAUGUGUCGGGGACGAGGAAACAGGUGAUAUAGAAGAUGUGAAGAAUGAGAAGAAGGGAGAAUUAACAAAUGAAGUCAAUAAAACUGACGAUACUUUUAUACAAACUGAGAUAGGACGAGACUGUCUAACAGCUGGGUGGACGCUAGAAGAACAGGAUUUAUUAUGCUUACUUCCGGUGAAAAAGUCUCGACAAGAAGAAUAUAAAAACCAACGAGGUUUCCUAAAAAAGUGUAGAAAACCAUUUUUGCCGAAACACGCGCCUGGUGACAAAUUUCAAACAUCUACGUUAUUUGAAAGCUUGAUACAUCAGAUGAGAGAUAAGAUCGAAGAUAAAGGUUUAGUUCCACAUGAUGUGUAUCCGGACGGUAAUUGUUUGUUCUCGGCUAUUGUUGAUCAACUCCGUGUCCAGGGUGACUUUAGUUUCACACCACACACAUUAAGGCAGUCUGCCGUGAACUAUCUGAGGAGGUAUCCAGCAACAGACGAUGGAACCUCGUUAUCGAUGUUCCUUAGCGAUGGAGAAGACUGGGAAAGCUACCUACUCCGUAUCAGUGAGGACGGUGAAUGGGGGGAUCAUAUCAUUCUAGGAGCUUUGACAAAUGUUGUUGAUGAGCAAAUAGUCAUUUUUGGAGGAGCUACAGGCGACAGAGAAACCGUUUUCUAUCCAAGAUCCCUGACAAGUUUGUAUUUAUCAGAUCUAUAUUGUGAUCUUCUUUAUGAAAAGUCUCAUGUCGUCGUACUUUUAUAAUUGAGUUAAUCACGAUUAAUAUAUCGCCUUUUGUCCUUUGGAAUCAUUGAAUGCCGCUCCAGUCGUGAGAGAUGUUGCACUUAAAAAUUAUCUCUCUUGAACAGCUUCAAUCAAACCGAGUCUGCAGUUUUCAUGUUAUAUGGAUGUUGUUUUUUUGCUUCCGAGAGAAAACCACUUUUUCAGAUCUUUAUGUUAGAUUCAAAUAAGGACUGUGAUGUAUAUAAGAUUCAAAUAAGGACUGUGAUGUGUUUCGAUGAUGAAACUUUGAUAUAUUAAUACAACAAAACUGAAUUUCGUUGACAAUAUACAAAUAAUAUGAUCGCUCAGACAAAUAUGAAUGAAGUUUCUUGUAAAAAGAC